AUGUCAAUAGUUCGAGUGAAAUCUCAAUUCUGUCAUGGAAUAUCUCAAUAUGAUCGAUGUUCGCCAAAUAGUGCAUGUACCUGUUUCUAUAUAGCAGGUGCUCUUGGUGUUGGCAUUUGUGGUGAUGAAUGUGUUCAUCAUCCUCGAUGUCAUAAUCAUCCUGUUUGUUAUCCAAUACCGAGUUUCAAUCAAAAACUUUGCCCACCGAUAACAACAACGAAUACGACAAUGACAACAAUCUCAAGCACUGCACCGAUCAUGACCAUACCAAUCACAACAACAACUGUAUCUUCAUCAGUGACACCUGAUAAGGGUAUUUGUGCAACUGCAACAUGGGCUCAAAAUGGUCAAACUGUAGCUGGUGGUAAUGGUAGCGGAUCAGAAUUAAAUCAGUUCGAUAGACCAUUUGGAUUAUUUGUUGAUGAGAAUCAAACUAUUUAUGUGGCAGAUCGCUCUAACGAGCGUAUCAUGAAAUGGAAACGUGGUGCUUCGAGUGGUGAGUUAGUUGCAGGUGGAAAACGACAAGGAGCUCGUGAUGAUCAAUUACAUUACCCUAUUGAUGUUGUUGUCGAUCAAGAUGAAACACUAUACAUUUGUGACUAUAAUAAUAAGCGUGUGCAGAAAUGGCUUCGAGAUGCUCAAAGUGGACAAACAGUUAUUAAGAAUAUCGCUGCUUCUGGCAUAGCAAGAGAUAAUGAAGGAUCACUCUAUGUGUCUGAUUGGACUGAGAACAUUGUGAAAAAAUGGCGUGUUGACGAGACAAUUGGACAAGUGAUUAUUUCAGGACUUAAUCGUCCUUGCUUACUGUUUGUUGAUCUCAAUCAAUCUAUCGUUGUAGCUGAUCACUGGAAUCACAGAGUAAUAAAAGUAGAUAAUGAAACAACACAAAUUUCGAUUGUUGCUGGUAUUGGUUCUGCUGGUCGUGAUGAAAAUAAAUUAAAUUUGCCAUUGAGUGUUGCUGUCGAUCAGUUGGGUACGAUCUAUGUGGCUGAUACUAAAAAUCAUCGAAUAAUGCGAUGGCCACGUGGAGCUAUAUCCGGCAAUGUUAUUGUCGGUGAUCGUGGCGAAGGUUCUCGAUCUGAUCAACUUAGUGAGCCGAGUGAUUUAUCAUUCGAUUCUGACGGAAAUCUCUAUGUUGUCGAUUCGGGAAAUAAUCGCGUACAAAAAUAUUCCAUUGAUAAGAGUUCGUGUUAA